CUCUGUUUAGUUUGUCUGCCCGCGGUCGGUAGCGUUGUCUGCGCGGGUUUGGUAUCGUUGUCUGCUGAUCUAAUCUAUUUGGCAUACAGCUCUGCGAAGAAAGCGGUCUGCACAUACUAAUGUGCGGAAUCAUUUUAUGGAGCAGCUAAAGUGCGAAUAAAUCGCAUAUAUUCUGAAUUCCAGUAUUUUGUGUCAAAUUGUACUUAGUUUUAUCUGUUUAUUAGUAGACCCGCUACAGCUAACAGCUUGACUAAUAAAAUUAUUUUAUUGAAACAGGUGCAAUAUUUAGUUGUCCAGACCCCUUUUUACUAUUUCACGUAAACCGUACUAAACGUUAAAGAAUGGCUUUGCCUUGGGAUGAAGCAGCUUCUCGUCAAUGCGCGAAAAUUCCAGGUUUCAAGUACUCUUGUCUAAUAUUCAAAAACAGCAUUUGUGGUCAACACGGUGACAAAUCGCUUGCACCUUGUGCGGCAUUGAUUCAAUCAAUGGAUACAAUAAGAGACAAAGGUACUGGAAUCCCAGCAAUUACGCACAAUGGGAAAAAAAUGAGAGCUAUCCAGAAUAUCGCAGACCGAGUCUGUUACAAGUCAGAAGACAGUUUUCUUGUAGGAAUGUUCGAAGGCAAUGAUUGGAAAGGUAUUAUUUAUUUUACUGGAGUGCAAUCAGAGUCGCUUGAAUGGGAAAAAGCAAUGCACGCAGCAAUUUUACAGUAAUUUUAACAACCCUUCAAAAAUUGCCGAAAAAAAUGACAGUAUAUGUUUCAAAUAAAUUACAAGUGUUACGUUAGUAAAUUACAGCUGAACCAAGAGAUAAAUUGUGCAAUUUGCACUUCUUAGUAUAACUGUGUAAACCAUUUGUUUUGUUUUUUUCCUAAAUAGCAUAUUUCACAACUUUUUGGCAAGCAUAAUUUAUAAUAUAUAAACCCAGCAUGGUGAAUGUGUGUGUGGACAGCUACUGUAUUUUGCAAUUUUCCUUUUGUAACUGGGCCAAUAACCAAUCAUUAUUCUAGAAUUGUUUGAUACGUCCUGAAUAAACUGCUACUAAGGAUUAUAUUGUAAUAAACUGUAACAGAGAUUUAUCUGCAAUUGC